AAACACUGACUGCUGCCUUCAGCUCCAUGCUGAGCCCGGAGUCCGGGCUGAGCCGCUGCUGCCCAGCGGGGUGUGUGCGGGGAGAGACCUGCACUAACCCCCUCGGGGCCCAGCCGCGGGGACUUUCUGCGGGGGCUGGAACCAGCCCCUGGGCAGCCCCGGGCUCUGCCGACACCAGCCCCUGAGCCGGAGCCUGCAGGCUGCAGAAUAAAAUCCACAUUUGCUCCAGUUCAUCCCAUCCACGGAGAGACAGGAAGGGAAAUGGCUGCAGCAGAGCCGGUGACCUUCGAGGAGGUGGCUGUGUAUUUCUCUGAGGAAGAAUGGGCCCUGCUGGACGUAGGUCAGAGAGCCCUGUACAGGGAUGUUAUGCAGGAGAAUUAUGAGACCGUGACCUCGCUGGGAUUCCCAGUUUCCAAACCUGACGUGAUCUCCCUCCUGGAACGAGGGGAGAGGCUGUGCGUUUCUGAUCUCCGGGACUAUGAGGAAAGGGAGAUUUUGAGAGACCCCCACACAGGUGAUGGGAUGGUGAAUGAGGAGGAGAAUCCUCAGCAGGAAAGUCCUAAGCGAGUGGAACCACAGGGGAUGGUAUCAGGAAGAUCUGAUGUUUCCCAGAGUCCUGAGCAGGGAGAAGCCUGUGAAAUUCAGCACAGACCAGAAAGGAAGCAGGGAAACUACUCAGAGGAGAGACUGGGUAAAUCCACUCACAAGAGCAGAGGCAUCAAGAAAAUCAAAGAAACUGUUCAACAGAGAAUCCGCACUGGAGAGAAUCCCUACUCGUGCGGUGAUUGUGGGAAAAGCUUCAGUCAGAGCUUAACCCUUAUUCACCAUCAGAGAAUCCACAUGGGAGAGAAACCCUAUAAAUGUAAUGAGUGUGGGAAAAGCUUCAGUGUGAGCUCAAAGUUUCUAUUGCAUCAGAGAACUCACACAGGAGAAAGACCCUAUGACUGCCCCGUGUGUGGGAAAAGCUUCAGUGUGAGCUCCAACCUUAUUCAACAUCAGAGAAUCCACACAGGAGAGAAACCCUAUAAGUGUCCCGACUGCGGGAAAAGCUUCAAUCAGAGUUCAAACCUUCUGUCACAUCAGAGAAUCCACACGGGAGAGAAACCCUUUGAAUGUCUCGAGUGCAGGAAAAGCUUCAGUCGUAGAUCGACCCUUCUAUCACAUCAGAGAAUCCACACACAAGAGAAACCCUAUACCUGCGCUGAGUGUGGGAAAAACUUCGGUCACAGUGCACACCUUACUAGUCACCAGAGAACCCACACAGGAGAGAAACCCUUCAAAUGCAGUGAAUGUGGGAAAAGCUUUAGUCAAAGCUCAAACCUUUAUACACAUCAGAGAAUUCACAUGGGAGAGAGACUCUAUAAUUGCCCUGACUGCGGGGAAAGCUUCAGACUGAAGUCAACUCUUGUUACUCACAAGAGAAUCCACAUGGCUGAGAAACCCUUUAAAUGCCCCGCAUGUGGGAAAAGCUUCAAUGCGAGCUCAGCCCUUAGGAAACAUCAGAGAAUCCACAGUGGAGAGAGACCCUAUGAAUGUCUUCACUGUGGGAAAAGUUUCUGUAGCAGCUCAGCCCUUUGUAAUCAUCAGAGCACCCACCUUGAGGACAGACCCUACAAAUGCAAUGAGUGCAGAAAAAGCUUCAGUCAAAGUUCCAACCUUAUUCAACAUCAGAGAAUCCACACAGGAGAGAGACCCUAUAACUGCCCCGACUGCGGGAAAACCUUCAGUCGGAAAUCAACCCUAAUUAAGCAUCAGAGAACCCAUGUGGCGGAGAGAGACCCUAUAAGUGAGCUAAAUGUGGGAAAGGCUUCAGUGAAAGCUCAAACCUCAUUACACAUCAGAGAAUCCACACAGGACACAACACCUAGGAAUGGGUCAUGUGUAUAAGACCUCUAUUGAGACCCAUGAAUCUCAAAGGGUCAGGGCAGGCAGGAGUGGCCCUGUAAUGAGGACCUGCAAUAGUUAGUUAUUAAAGCAGAGAAUGAAAUCUUAUCUCAGCCUCUUGGUCUACACAUGUUCCAGGCAUAAGAUUCCCGUGUUGUGAUGAGACUUGUUUAUUGCACUCCCCCUGCCCCCCCCCCGACUCUCACACAUACCUCCCCAUGUAUCCCUUAUCUCCACACACCACCACCCUUAUAUAUCUGACUCACACCCCUAGGGCUAUGAUUCGCAGUGGGGUGCGGAUGCUGUUUGCUCAGGGGAACAACAUCCUUGACUUCCAAAAGAAAGUGAAAUUGUCUUUCUAAAUGCUGCAGGACAAGAAAUGUUCUUCCCAUAAUUUAAAGCUCCCUCUCUCUUACCUGGGCCAUCAGCUAAUCAGAAGGAUUUUUAAUAAUAUGCAAGAAGGAAUAGUAAUAGCCCAGCUGCAGGAAGGGAAACUAAACCCAUCUGAAACCUAACCUGUACUGAAGUCCACUCCGAACCCUUACCGAUUCUGAAAUAAGGAAAAAAAUCUUGCUCUUCAAAUAGCCAAGACAAACCCAUCAGUUAAAUUUAUAAUCUUAAAAAAUAAAAAGUGGAAUUGUUAAUCAAGUGCCUCUGCUCACUUUUAAAAGAAAUAAUGAGUCCUUUGGCUGCCAGGCAGAAAUGAAGGAGAGUUGCAGAACAGGUGUUCGUCAAUCAUGCUGGGCAGCAGGAGGAGCAUUGUCAAAGCCCAACAAAAAAACCUAGAGGGAAAAAAAACCCUUUCUCAUAGAACUGUAGAAAUGCAGGGGUGGUCUGGAAGGGACCAUCAAGUCCAGCCCCCUGCUCUGUAGCCAGCGGACCAAGUAAACCUAGACCAUCCCUGACAGGUGUUUGUCCAACUUUUUUUUUUUUUUUAAAAAGCUUCCGAUGAUAGGGACUCCUCGACCUCCCUUGGAAGCCAAUUGAAGAGCUUAAUAACCCUUAUAUUUAGGUGAGAUAUUAGGAAAAACUUUCUAAAUCUUUUUUGCUACAGAUUAAGCCCAUCACUUCAUGUGCUACCUUCAGUGGACAUGGAGAAAAAUUGUUCACCAUCCCCUUUAUAACAGCUCUUAACAUUGAAAGACUAUUUUCAGGUCACCCCUCAGUCUUCUGUUCUCAAGACUAAAUAUGCUCAUUUUUAAAAAUCUUUACUCAUAGGUCAGGUUUUCUAAACCUUUAAUCAUUUUUAUUGCUCUCCUCUGAGCCCCCCCCCCCCCCCGCCCCCCGGUUCUUUUCAGUAGUACUACCACCUAAACAGUUGUUUCCCAUUUUAUUGUUCUGCAUUUGAUUUUUCCUUCCUAAGUGAAGUACUAUGCACUUGUCUUUAUUUAAUUUCAUCUUGUUGAAUCCAAACCAGUUCUCCAAUCUGUCAAGGUCAUUUUGAAUUUUAAACCUGUCCUCCAAAGUGCUUGGAACCCCUUCUAGCUUGCUGUCAUCUGCAAAUUUUAUAAGCAUACUCUCUACUGGAUUAUUGGGUCAUUAAUUAAAAUAUUGAAUAGUGCCAGACCCAGGACUGACCCUGGUGGGAACCCACUAGAUACAAUCUCCCAAUUUGACAGGAAACCAUUGAUAACUACUCUUUGAGUAUGGUCUUUCAACAUGUUGUGCACCCACCUUAUAGUAAUUUCCUCUAGACCACAUUUCCCUAGUUUGCAUAUGAGAAUGUCAUAUGGAACUGUGUCAAAAACCUUACUAAAAUCGGGUUAUAACAUGUCUACUGCUUCCUCCCAGCCACUAAAUCAGUAAUCCUAUCAAAGAAGGAAACUGAAUUGGUUUGGCAUGAUUUGUUCUUGACAAAUCUAUUGUGACUAUGCCUUAUAACCUAUUAUUCCCCGGGUGCUUACAAAUUGAUUGUUUAAUACUUUGCUCCAGUACCUUUCCAUCUGGUGAAGAUAGGCUGACUGAACUAUAAUUCCCCAGGUCCUUCUUGUUCCUUUUUUUAAAGAUAAGUACCAUGUUUGCCCUUCUCCAGUCUUCUGGGACCUCACUGUCCUCCAGGAAUUCUCUUGGAGAUUGCUUCAGCUCGUUCUUUAUGUACCCUGGGAUUAAUUUAAUUAGAGCCUGCUGACUGGAAUACAUAUAACUUAUCUAAAUAUUCUUUAACCUGGUUUUACCCUAUUUUGGUUUGCUUUCCUUCCCCCGGUUGUCAAUAUUAAUUGUGUUAAGUAUCUGGUCAUCAUUGAUCAUUUUAGCGAUGAUUAAAGGAAAAUAGGCAUUAAGCACCUAUUGUUGCUCUCCUUCCUACUAAAUAGAGUGCCCACACUUUUUGUUGUCUUUCUCUUGCUCCUAAUGUAUUUAAAGAACCUCUUCUUAUGGACUUUUCUGUCCCUUGCCAGGUGUAACUCAUUUUGCGCCUUAGCCUUUCUGCUUUUGUCUCUAUGUUCUUGUGCUGUUCUUUUGUACUACUUAUUAAUCUGACCAUGUUUCCACUUUUUGUAGGAUUCCUUUUUGAUUUUCAGGUCAUUUAGAAUUAAGCAAUAAACCGUCAGGGUGCAACUUCGUUUAAAAAAAACCCAACAACAAUAAAAGUCUUAAAAGAAAACCCAAAACAUCAGUGAAACUUUGCUUUUUAAAAUCAAUCUUGGCACAGAACCCAGCAUACUAGGUGGGAAGCCACUUAAGCUGCCCAGUGGAGGAUGCCACCAGGAGAGGACUCUUCUAAGCCCCAUCCUUUUUAUGGAGAUAGGUGCCUAUCUCUUCCUUUGAGUCAGGAACUGGGGAAGUUAGAUGUUCCUCUGCCAAUGGGGUUUGAUACAGAAGUCCUAUUCAGAGGCCACCUAUCUCCACACAACACAGCUGGGGAGGAAGCAGAUGGAGGAGCUCCUUUAUAACCUUUAGCUUCAUGGUUAUUUUAUUCACCCAGGAUGUGGGAGACACCUUGUUCAUGUCCCCCCACUACCUACUGAGGCAAAGGGAUUUGAACAGGGAUCUUGCACUUCUCAGGAGAGUGGCUGAACUACCAAGACAUGGGAUAUUCUGAUGUGAGUGUCUCCGUGUCUCUCCUAGCGAAGCAGUUCCACUGUAUAUAAAUACUUAAGGAAUCAUUGGGCCAGAGUAAGAAUGAUUCCACAGCCUGAGGGCCAGGGCAUCCACCUAUAAGGUGGGUGACUCUUGAUCCAAUCCCCCUUCUCCAGUGAUCGUAAGAUCCUAAGUCCCACCACUCACCACAAAGAAGGCCAUACGCUGAACAGCAGAAGGAAGGGUGAGAAAUUGCAUCUGCUUGAAAGUGCAGAAAGAUUUAGGAAAUCAAAGCUUGCUGCUACAAUUCCAUAGGGAUUUUCUGUGCUUCAAAGAAACAGAGCCUUAAAGGACAUAACUAGAGUAAGAUAGGGUUUGAAUCUGACAACAUUGCAGAUUUUGGCUGCUUUAAAUGACAUGCUGUAACCUGUAGCUGCCAGACUUAUUGUUCACACCAUGGGUGUGUGGUGCUGGAUGCACUUAACUUGGCUUACUAAAUUAUCUGGCUUACUGCUUAAAAGAGCUACCCUUCAAAUUUUUGGUUUGAUGAGGACAUAACUAAAUCUCAGCUGUGCUGAUUGUGUUACUGUAUCUUUGUUGUCUUGUUUCAGCUCAAGUCCUAUCUUGAAGUGUUACUAAGAACUAGCAACUUUGUUAAUCACUGUUCUGCUCUUCCCUGGAAUUUUCCCUCCACAGCUCCAGUUUUUGCAUAUGAGUGAGAAUUAAGUGCCGGUGAGAGAAGCAUCCUUAGAUCUCUCACCCUUGUAACACUACACUGUGUGUGAGUGAGAGAAGUUAUCUUCUAACUUCAAAAUCUCACAUCAAUCUUUAUCUGUGUAUGUUCUAAACUUUAGAAUAAUUUUGUACUAACUUCAGUUGUGUUGUGUGUUUCUAACUACAGAAUGAACUAAUAUGUUUAUAUUUUACACUCCACACAAACCUUUUCCCAAUCUUGGAAUAGGAAUUUAACUAGUUCUUAUUUUACAUUUGUCAAUUUUAUAUACCAGAAGCAGGGUACUUUGUGAUAAUUCUUUCUAUAUUUGAAUGUUACAAUGUUUACCUAUUGGUGUAUUGAAUUACCUUUAAUAAUCACUCUCUUCCCUCCCCCCCCCCCCCCGCCCCCCGCUGCCAAUUAACUCAAAUACCAGGAUCUCCCUGCAAUAUACUGCCUUUCAACUUUCCAAGUAAACUCCCUCACUCUCCUUGACUAACUUUAAUUUGAAUACGUUGGUUAAUCAAACUGCUUUCUGAACUUUCACCCUUGUAAAAUUGCCUAUUAACUCCACCAAACCAAAGCUAAUCCUCUCUCAUCUGCAUUGUUGUAUAAUAAUCAAAUUGGGUGAUUCUUGUACCCCAUUUAUUAUGUGUCAUUGUAACUAUUUCCAACUAGAUACAUGUGUCUAAACAAUGCUGAAUUUUGAACUGUAGUGAUCCUAUGACUUGCGAAUUUGCCUUAAAUCAUGCUUAGCCUCACAAUGUUACCUUAUUAAGAUGGAAAUAAAAGUAGUAAUAAUGGAUUUGGUAGAUUUUGUGCUGUCUACACAACUUUCAGUGUUGUUUGUACUAUUCAACCUAUCUAGUUUCAUCCAAAUUUGUUUUGAGUUUAAAAGUUUUAAUAUCAAGUUGAAUUAUAGAGUUUGUAAUCCAGUUACUUCACUGAGGUUGUACAUGGUUAUCUGAAAUGUUUUCUUUAAGAUUAGCUGUUACAUUCUGUUGAUAAUACUUCGCUACAAGUGAAUUUUAUUUGGGAGGCGGGAACCGUUGAUGCUUGUUAGUAUCCGAAGUUAUUCUAUUUUAGAAUUUCAUGUUAGUUAAGACGUUAUUUUAAGAUUUCAUACAUUGUAUCAUUUCUUUUAUUUACCUUUUUUCAGUUGGUGUGUCUCAUUUGGAUAAUCCUUGUGGAUUUAAUUUUUUGUUGGUUUCUUCAAUCAGUUUUGAUUACUUAAAUAAAUGUUUCCCUAUUU